GUUAAAAUAUGUUUAUUUUAAAACUUAAUAUUAUUAAAAUGUGGUUCGGAUGGAACGAUGUAUAUAUCGUGCUGGUAUGUCAGUCGUAAGCGGUUAAUAUAUCUACCAUUUUUUUUAAACGGUAUACAGCACAUUGUAACUGAUUUGAAACAUUGCGUGUUUAACGAGUUACAACUUUGCUGUGAGCUGCAGUUAUGAAAGUUAGCAGUGAUUAGUGCACAAGAGUUUUUGAAUUUGUGCUUCGUUUUAAGUUAAAACUUAACGUACGAUAAACUUCAAGAUUAAUAACAUAAACGUUACGUACAUUGUAAAUAAUAACAUAAGACGCCAUCAUGUUUAAAUAGAUAUUAUUAUAACUCAUUUUUAAUUACGUAGUUUUCGUAACUAAUUAAUAUCUAGUAUUCUUUUUACGUGAGUUUAAAUUCAGAUUUAAAGUAAAGGCUGUCAUAUCCUAAUGACUUCUUUAACCUCAGUAAAAUGGAAGUGAAUGUCCCAGUGUCUCUCUGGUUGUAAAACAGACAAGACCGGUCAAACUAGGUACGAGUGACCAGUCAAGUGUCUCUUUGGACGUAUUCUUACGGUAAUAUUAAAACAAUAUAAGCAGCGUUACAUAAGGAAUUUUAUAAAGCCGGUGUAUUGAUUUUGUGUAGUUUAUGUGGAUAUUGGCUUAGCUUUUCUGAGAAACUGGUGCUUCCGUUAACGUUAAAGUUAUUUUUUCACUAUUAUCUGUGGCUUAAUUUCUGGGAUUCGUUAUUCGUUGUUUGGAAUUUACGUAUAUUUGAUGGCAAUGUUUCGGUAAUGUAUUAGAACACAGAAAGUUUUAGUGUGUGUUAUGUUUGCUUCGAUAUACGAUGAAUUGCGUGAUUGUCAAUUGCCAUGAUAAAGGUGUUGGUGAAGACGAAACCAUGAACCGAAUCACCAGUUCCAGCUUCUUCAUUCUCGUCGUCACCAGCUUCGUCAUGUUGGAGACUUCAGUUAGUACUGGAGCAGUGGUAGAACACCACGCCCCGUACUGGGAACACCCGUUUUCUCAGCCUUACUUCGACAACUCGACCCGGCGAGAGAUGACGACGACAGUGGGGCAGAGCGCCUACUUGCAUUGCCGCGUCAGGAACCUCGGAGACCGGGCGGUGUCGUGGAUUCGAAAGCGGGACCUGCACAUCCUUACGGUCGGGAUUCUGACGUACACCAACGACCAGCGAUUCCAGUCCUUGCACUCCGACGUUUCCGAUGAGUGGACGCUCAAGAUCAGCUCGCCCCAGGUCCGGGACUCCGGUACCUACGAGUGUCAAGUGAGCACUGAGCCCAAGAUCAGCCAAGCCUUCCGUCUGAACGUCGUCGCAGUGUCCAAGGCGAAGAUCUUGGGCAACCCCGAGCUCUACAUCAAGAGUGGCAGUGACAUCAACCUGACGUGCGUUGUUCUGCAGACGCCAGAACCACCUAGCUUCAUCUACUGGUACCAGGGAGCCCACGUCAUCAACUACUCUCAGCGGGGAGGCAUCAGCGUGGUCACCGAGAAGCAAACCCGGACCAGCCGCCUACUAAUCUCCCGAGCCCUCCCUCAGGACUCGGGAAACUACACUUGUUCGCCGUCCAGCUCCGACUCGGCCAGUGUCAUGGUCCACGUCCUGAACGGUGAGCAUCCAGCCGCAAUGCAACAUGGGAACAGCAGCAGUGGCUCCGCCACACGGUUUCCGUCAGUACUACUAUUGUUGAUAUGUUUCGUAUUCCAUCACGCCAUUACAGUAUCAAGAUGGCCGUCCUGUAUCAUUACGAGAUGAUGUGUGAUGAUAGAAUAAAGUGAAAAAUCAGUAACCACGUCUGUAGCACGGUGGAGCCAUCUGUUGUGGAAUUCAGAAACAGGGCAAUGAACUAAUAUAUACAUUUAUUAUACCCCUUCUCUUUCUCGCAGAGCCUUUAAAGACGAUUAAUAGACGCAAUUUCAAGACCACAAGAGACCACAAAAAUUAAGCGAUGGCUUUAAAACUUUAAAUUUAUUCCAAGAAACUGUAAAAAGAUCAACAUAUAACCUCAAAUCUGCACUGAUCUUUAAUAUCCUUUAUCGUUUCCUCAUUCUAAAAAAGACUUGUAUGUUAAGGUAAGGAAAACUUUAACAAAUAAAUUGACGAUAAUUGUAAGUCUGUGCUGAUAUUUCAUCUACAGCGUAAAAAUCUUGAUUUACUCUGCACUGCUGUUUGAAGAACUGGGGUCACGUACAUGGUUAGGUCGUGGGAGUGCCUUACCCCUCGUGCGUAUGUGACGUGUAAUACGUACUUGCUAGUGGUAAUUAAAUCUUAAUAAGAAUUUGACUCGACGAUAUAUGAGAAAUAUAUAAGGAAUUGUUUGUCGAUUUUAUUCGUGAAAUUUUAAAGUGUGACUACUUAUACAAGAAGUUCACGUAUUCUGCGAUGGUAUUGGUUGGAAAACUGUACGUGGUAUGUUACUGUAAUUAAAACCAGACGGGUUUAUUUAAAUACAGAUAUAUUUAUGUGACCGAAAUCACUUGCGAGAUAUUUUAACCUUGUUAACGCGAAGAUUAUGUAAAUAUGUACAGAAAUUAAGAACUAGUGAUGGUCAUAUCUUUUCCUUUACACUUAAAAAAAAUAUAUUUGUAAACAGGAUAAUUGGUUUCAGAAAAUAGGUGUGAGGAAAAAGGAUCUUCAUUCACAAACGAAAUAUCACGCAUCAAUACAGCAGAAGAUUAAUCUAUUAAAUUCAUUUUAAGAAAUGAAACAAGACGUAAUUCACCAUCUAAUAACUACGUAUAUAGAAACAGCUCACUGAAUACGUAUUUUAAGAAUGUGGUCUAAAAUCUUAUCAAGAUUUUGCGUAACGUGAAAGUCUCAAGAUAAAUAUAAUUACCGAUGAUUAGAAAAUAUUUUUUUUAAUAUGUGACUUUGUAAAUAAUUACGUAUAAAACUGUAAUAUCUGUGGACAUAAAACCCAUAUAGUCUUUUUAUGUCAAUAUAAAAUAUAUUUGAGACUGAAAAAGAAUUAAACCAAAUGUGGGUAAAUAUAUAAGAGAAUGUUACACACAUUUAGUUAUCAAUAAGUAUUCGAACGAGUGAAUGAUCGGAGAAUAUUAUUACGAUAGCUUAAGAGUAUAAUUUUUUUUUCUCACACUUUUGGGUUAAGACUUACGUGUCUCGAUGAUGGUGUUUCCAGAAGGCUUAUGAGCUAUAAAUGACUGUCGCAUAUACAGUAGGCCUAUUAUAUUUGUACCAUGUUCCAUGAAAAUGUGUGUUGCCAUGACAUUUCUACGGCCAGUACGUGUUAUAAUCGAAUCACAACCUCUCUCUCUAUAUCUCUCUCUCUCCUUUGUAAAUAUUGUAAGGGACACAGAAAAACAGUAAACUUGUAUUUCAUUCAUGAGUGGUUUACUGUAAAAUAGCACGCUAAGGAAAUGUAUCUUCAUUUGCAGUCUCCUUUGACACGUUCAGACACGACGAAUUCGUAAAUUCCUUGUAUAACUUACGUUAAAUUUUCGCUGAUGGAUAUUUCUGACGUGAUAACACGAUUAAGCACGUAGUUCAUGUCACAGUGUUUAGAUUUCAGUCAGCAGAGAGCGUGAACAACAUUACACUAAUAAAUCUUAUUGAUAUAUUGAUAUUUUAAGGGUGUUAAAAUGUAUGGUUGCGAUAUUUGACCAUUUGAUAAAAAUGGUCAGAUAGCUAAUGAAUAUAUAGAAGUCUGAAUGAGUUAAAUAAACUGCAGUACAAGGAUCCAA